AUGGCCGCAGAAGCGCGGUCCAUGGUUCUGGGAAUGUGGCACUCAAGACGCAAGACAAUUGGCGUUUUGGAGCCUAUCCUCGUCAGGACGACCUUUCCUCAAGCUCAACGUUUGAUAACUUACAUGAGGAUAAACAUGUUGGACUUUUUCGCAUCGUCCAUGUUCCUUGAUGGGUGGAUAGAUGAUCAGCAUGUCUCUACAAUAAAAGAACAAGAUCUGUCGGACAUACUCGUUCAAGGAUCUGAUAUAAGAUCUUGUGGCAUCGACACACAAGGCCUCGCUGUCUGGAGCCGAAAUGUCAUUCUGACCGACAUGUUCGUCGGUCAGUCCCGCUAUGAGGGAGAUCGCUGCCCAAUGAAGGGAGCGGACAAGACUGAAAUAAUCCAAAUGCAGGACAAGUAUAUGCAGGCGUAG